UCCAGGCUUUUAUUGCGAAGGGACGGCGGCCCGGCCCCCGGUGCCCGGUGCUCGGUGGUGGUGCUGUGCGGCGGUAUUGACGCAGCUGUGUCCGGUGAGUGUGAAGCGCUGACAGGACGCUGGUGGAGAGCAGCCGUCGGCGCACAGAGCUCGGUGAAGUGUGUCUGCAGCAGCGAGCAUAACACUGGAUUACCACCACACAGAGGGCUCUCCAGAAGGGGGCAGCGUUAGACCAAGCGCAUCUCCCAUCCCAUCAGGUCCUCGAACAGUCUGCGCUGUCAGGAUCACGCCUCUGACAACCAUGAAAGGCUCUCCUGACCUGAUUCCUGCCGCAGAUUUGGACCCCAGCAGAGUGUGCAAAGGGAAAGGAGUCGUGACUCUAAGGGCCACCCUUGUCCACAUAGAUGAUGAGGGCUGCAUCAGCGAAGAGCCAAAUGUCAUCCCAACGCCAAGUGGCUGGACAAACCAGAUUAAUGGAGACAGCUCUAAAGCAGGAUUGGCUGAGGGAGGCAGCAACAUCGCAGCUGAUUUACCUCCUGUAAAUAACACUCAGUGCCAGGCCAAUUCACCAGAAAGCAUAAAAGAAAAUCAGGCUCCAUCCUACACUGACAUUCAGAACUGUAUCACGUCGACUUCCAGCUCUGUUUAUCCCUGCACUAGCACAGUUAACCCCACCAUAGUCCUGCUGCAACACAACAGAGAGCAGCAAAAGCAUCUUUCUCAUUUUGAAGACCCAACCCCAGAAAGGGACAAAAGCCCUGAUCCUGGGAGAGAUUCAGUUAGUCCAGUCCCUGAUAUGGACUGGAAGAGGCUGCGGCUCUCACUGCACUCCCCUGUCCUCAGUCCUCUCAACAAGCCCAUUGUGCCUGUACGGAACACUGAAAAGUCCAAAGACUGGUACAAGACAAUGUUCAAACAGAUACACAGAAUACCUGAGCCUAUUGAGGAAAACCCUUACCGCCCCACCUACAUUUUCCCUGAGAGCUAUGACAUUCAGAUGAAAUCAAAAGAUGAUGGUCCCACCCCCUUUGGUUACUUGAAAGAUGUGAAAGCAGUCCCACGCUCAAAAAGUGACGCCGAGGUCGAUUCAAGAGGCCGGUCGAUGCCUGUGCCAACACGGUCCUCUUCCCUCAAACCCUCUGCCAAAAGGAACGAGUGGGAGCCCCCGGAUAAAAAGGUAGACACCAGGAAGUAUCGCGCCGAACCCAAGAGCAUCUUUGAGUACGAGCCGGGGAAAUCGUCGGUGCUGAAGCUGGAGAGAACGACUCAGGAUGUAAAUCCAGAAGAUGUAGAUUUAGAGAAUGAGCCUUGGUAUAAAUUCUUUUCAGAGAUGGAGUUUGACAAAGCGAGUGCCCCCUCUUUCAGCCCCCUGGAAACAGCCUCCGACCUGCAGCAGUACUCCUCGAGCAAGUCUGGACACAGCGAGGUGGAGAAGGACAGUGGAUUAUCCACAAGUGAGCCCGUGGCUCCAGAAUGCGACCGCCAUGUUUACAAGAGUGUCCUGGAGGGCGGCGACAUUCCCUUACAAGGUCUACGGGCCCUAAACAAGCGCCAAGGCAGCUCCUCUUCCUCUAAAGUGGAUUAUAAAGGUGGGAAUGGCUAUAUAAUUUCACCCUCCUCCUCUGUAACUAGUCGAUCAGUUCUUGCCAGUAAUGCAAUAGGUAACCAGUGUAAGAGUAUGAAGCCUCUAUCUGCUGCCAAAGCCUGCAUACCCCAAAUCCUGCCCUCUAAAUUCAAGCCCAAGCUGCUGCCGCCCAGUGGUGACAGUCAGGAAAGCAGGACUAAAGCUGUCAGGCACCCAAAGGCCCACAGCUGUGAGGAAUUGUACACAGGGCCUUAUGACACAGACUUUGCUGGAGCAGAGGAAAGGGAGAGUGGGCAACAUUCAGACUCUAAGUCCAGCUGUGGCACAGAGUGUGCGGAUGGCCUCAGGAAUGUUUCCCCUGCAAUUAGGAGGAGCGCAUCUGAGUUUUCAAGCCUGUACAGGACCAUGCAUCACAUCCAGCGGCCCAGCUCGGCCGGCUGCAGCCCCCACGGCAGCGUCCGCAGCCUGGCCUCUCUUUUUGAGAAGGCAAAGGCAGACGGGGGUGAAAGGUCAGAGGCAGAUGACGGGGGUAACGUUCCGCGGGAUGCAGUGUCGUCACGGGUCAGCAAGUUUGAAAUGAUCAUCCAGCGGUCCAGUUCGGCUCCCAGCCGCUCCUCCUCCCUGCCCACCCUGCACUCCAGCCACAGCCACAGCCCCAACCACAGCCCCGCCCAUCUCUACAUGGCCUCUGCAGUGUCAGCGGAGUCCCUUUUGGUAGCCGACGCCACCCAGACAGAUUCCUGCUCCCCAGUGGAGGCAGAGGACAACAGCUGUGGGGAGGAGGCCUUGUCACCAGGAAGUGGGACUGUGGAGGAAGCUGCCUCCUCCUCAGAGGAAGGACACAAUAUCAGGACUGAGUCCCCCUCUAACACUGAGGCGGAGGUGGAGGUUGAGCAGAUCUUCAGUAAAAGUUCCCCAGAACUGAUCCACCAAAAUGUCGGUGGAUCAAAGAGUCCCUCAGCACUGCUUACAGCAUCCCCUCCACAACACAACCAUAUCCACCACCACCUACUGCACCACCUGAACCAUCAACUCCUCCUCAAACCCAGCAAAUGCAAAGGCUCCUGCCCAGCCUCCUACACCCGCUUCACCACCAUCCUCAGGCACGAGAGGCAGCAGGCCACAACCACACAGCAGGAGAGGCCGACACCUCUGGAGAAGAAGACCACACUGCCUGGGAACCUCUUCCUCAUGGGCCCUGCUCCCUUCAGGUUACGGAAGAACCUGCAGUCCCACCAAACUCGGAGGACUCUGUUAGCCACCAAGGUGACAAUGGGCACCCAGAGGCCCUACAAUUUGUCUCCUGAGCUCAGACCUCUGAUCCCUCAGCGCCUGUCCUCGCUGGAGGUCCUGGAGAGGCUGAGUAACGGGGAGGAAAGCAACACUGACCACCUGAGUAACGGGCAGGGCUUGGACGCCAACGGGAACCUACUGCAGCCGCUGGCAGCUCACCGCAGAGACUCGUCCCCAGUUCACGGAGAAAGCCAGGAUGAAGUGUUGCGGAGGCGUCAUGGGGACAAAGAGAAAAUCUUGGAGGAGCAGCGGCGGCUGAAGCGGGAACAGGAAGAGGCUGACACAGCGUCGAGGCGACACACAGGCAUUGUCCCAACGCACCACCAGUUCAUCACCAACGAGCGCUUCGGAGACCUGCUCAACAUCACAGAUAACACAGAAAAGAGGAAAUCAGGCAUAGAGAGAACUCCAGCCAUGGCUCGCUUCGACUUCAGAGCAGAAACUCUAAAGGAAUUACCAUUUCAGAAGGGAGACAUUGUCUACAUCAUUCGACAGGUGGAUCAAAACUGGUAUGAAGGAGAACAUCAUGGAAGAGUUGGUAUUUUCCCUCGAAGUUAUGUUGAGCUCCUUCCCCCCACGGAGAAAGCCCAGCCUAAGAAAAGUGUCCCAGUGCAGGUACUGGAGUAUGGAGAAGCUGUCGCCCGCUUCAACUUCAACGGGGACACAGUGGUGGAAAUGUCCUUCAGAAAGGGAGAGAGAAUCACGCUGAUUCGUAGAGUUGAUGAAAACUGGUAUGAAGGCAAAAUCUCAGGCACCAAUCGCCAAGGCAUCUUCCCCGUCACCUACGUAGAAGUGCAGAGACGACCCCGUGUCAAAAACGGGGUGGAGUAUCCCGACCCUCCUGUCAGCCAGUCGCCCCAGCGCAGCACCAAUGCUUCUCCUCAGCUGUAUCGUAAUCGCCUGACCACCUCCCCCUUGCCCCUCCCUCGCCGCUCCGUUUCCCCUGAGGUCCACGCUGUCUCCUCUGAGUGGAUCUCCUUGACUGUGGGAGGAGGGAGCCCUCCUGCCGCUCCCACCCCUCCCCUUCCGCCGCUGCCCACCGUGUCCUACCGCUGCGGCGAGUACCUGCCCCCACCCUUCUCUGCCAGCCCUGUGCCUCCCAUCACCGGCAGCCCAUACUGCGUCUCUCCCAUGGCUUCCCCAGCUGCCUCCCCUCUCCCCCCGCCUUACCCGCCCAGACCCAACUCAACCACUCCCUUCCUCACGUUCACCCCACCUCAGGGGGAGGACUUCCUGCUCUCCCCUCCCUCCCCACGUCUGUCACGCAGCAUGAGCCCCUGUGGCGGGCCGGUGCUGGAGGGCUGGCUGAGGGGGGAGAAGGAGUUGACAGAGGGGGAAGGCACAGAGGGGGACAGGGGCCGUGCAGUCCCAGGCAGCAGGCAAAGUAGCCCUGCAGAGUUUGUAAAGAAUGAGGCUGACCAUCAUGGACGGAGCUCCAGAAGCCCUGUGAUGCUGUUUGACAUCCAAGACAACAACAAUGUUAACUCAUUUGCGGAGGCAGUGUGUAAUGAGAUCUUGAAUAUAGCUGAGACCUCGGUGAGGUACUGCAGCACCCUGUCCCACCACCCUCAUGACUCUGUCCAUAGACUGCACCCCCACCCCAGUAAACAAUCUCUCAUCAUUUCCCAGCAACCCCAGUCCCACAGCAGCAGUCCGGAGCCGAGCCGUCUCAACUGUGGAAUUUUCCAGGCGCUGUACAGUUACGUGCCACAGAACGAGGACGAGCUGGAGCUGCAGGAGGGAGAUCUCGUCAGUGUCAUGGAGAAGUGCGAUGACGGCUGGUUUGUUGGUACCUCAAAGAGGACAAAACAGUUUGGGACUUUCCCUGGGAAUUACGUGAAGGAGGUGAAACUGUAAAGAUAUGUAAUAUGGCUGUAACACAUGGUUGCCUGUCAAGCUUGGGAAGUCAUUACUAUCGCGCAUGGCUGUUGGUUAGCAUAGUCAUUUAGCCAGGCGAAUCCAUUUUGUCUGGGAAAGUGAUCGUUCGGCCUGAGGUAUGUCAAAUUGCACGAAGCGGAGACAGAGACAGCUCACUGCCCAAACUUCAGUAUGGUGUACACCUUGAUCACAUUUUACACACUUCUUGACAGAAUUCGUCCGUCUUUACAUGUGGGAUUUCUCUGUGAAAAUCUACCACAAGCUAGCUUUUAUUGUACAGAUAACAGCUUCCAUUUUGUCAAUGUAAUUUACAGUACACAAGUGUUUACGUAGCACCUCAGUCUGGAGGCCGGCAGCAGAGCAGUGUAUGGAUCAAAGAGUGGAUCUUAGUACCUGAACUGGACUUUGGAAGAUUCAGAAUGUAUUUUUAUGUGAUGUGGGGUUGGAGCUGUUUGUCAUGAGCUACCUUUCAGGACCAGAGGUGUUUAUCACGAUUAGCUAAGUAUGAUGCAAACCAUGCAUCUCAUGAUUCAAAGACAUUUUCAGUCCUUUAGGCUUUGCUUCCAAAAGAAAACCUUCAGUGUUUGGAUACAACAUACCAUACAUGUAUGAAAUGUAAUGUGGUGGUUCAUUCUUGGAUUCCAUCCAACAGACAAUUUUCCUCAUCUUAGAUUUGAGAAAAUGACCUCCGGAGUAAAAUACUUUAGGCCUUAUGUAUGAAGCCCCUUUAUAAACUGGUCUGACAUACCCGUUUUACUUUCUGUUACUUUUUCUAAAUCAUCAUAAAGUCAGUAUUGGCUACUUUUGAAAAACAUCACAGCAUUCACAAUUCAGUGUAACCCAAAAGCUUUAGAUACCGGUUCAGUAUUGCCUUCAUUUUCUAUCCAAAGGUUGUCAUACAACAGUUAUUACACAGUCACGUGCAUGACGAAAAACACUAAAAUGUUGAAGUGUGCUGUUGAAGUGUGCUGUUUGUCUCAGUUACCACAGCAAACACAAAUACACAAACACAAGGACACAUGGACUGUGUUGCAUGACUGAUAAAAGUGAAGAGAAACUGUGUAUAUGCACAUCCUACAUUUUCAAAAACCGAUUUAUUUGCCCUUUUAUACCUCCUCUGUCAAAAUAUAAGUAAACUGUGUUUGCUGAUGGCAGAUGCCUGUAAGGUAGCUGGUGGUAAACGCCUGGCUCCAGCGCAACCACGGGACAGGCGUGGUAGCACUUAACUUCCUGUUUGGCCAUUUAGGGAGAUCCCACCUAACAAGAUAAUAGUAGAUUAAUCAGUAAUGACACAAAAAGCUCAUUAAUGUUUUAAGUAAAGCCAACAAGGUGUCUUAGAAAAUAAUCAUACUGAUUUUUAAGAGCACACUGAGAUUUUAACCAUGCCCUUACUGAAAAGAUUGUAUGUUUUAGCCAUGUAAAUGUGUACAGAAAACUUUAAGAGGCCUUCCAAAUAUGGCUACAUAUUUUGAUAUGUAAUGACUACAACUUGGGUGAAACAGUUAGUGGAGUGAUUUAAAUGAUAAGGUCAGCAUUAGUACAGCAUGCAAUCCAAUCAGAGCAUGAAACACUAAACGCAGCAAACGCCUCAAUAUUUGCCACCUUUAGCUUAAAGAAAACAGAAGUGAUGACAGGGUUAACAGUCUGCUCUUUGAGCUUCAAUACCUCUCUGAUGGAAGAAAACUUUUGAAUUCUGCUAUCAAAGCAUCAGAGCCGUCUUCCUGCGAGUAUAGAGUUCCCACAUCUCCAGCACCAUCGGAUCCUGUAACAGACACCACAUGUCAGAAUAGAUCCUCUACACGCACAGAUCAAAAGAUGAUAGCUAUUGUUUUUCUUUGCUCGUGUUUUCAUCAAAUUCCUCGUUGUCGUCAACCGCUGCACUGUGCUCAUCAAUCCUUAGCAGAGCUGUCAAAUAGUACUACAAAUAAUUCUUAGUGCCUGCUAUGACCUGCUCGGACUAGCAGAUGGAUGCAGUUCGUAGGGCAAUCACUAAAGAAGUAUUUCCAGGAGGAUUGCUGUAGCGAGCUAUCUGAUGCGCCAAGUAGUUGAAGUCGGAUCCUUUUCCCAAUCCACACAUUUCUAAUCAAAUGGUGCCAGACUAUCAGUGGGCCUACCUUUUAGUAAAACUCUUUAUGAUUGCCUGAGUACACAAAAUCAGAAACAUAAUGUGAAGUAUUAAAAGAUAAAACAGCAACUCUCACUAGAUCUAAAAGUAUAUGUUUACUAUACUAUAUCUUUGGUUUUUGCGUCUGAAUGUGUUAGCUACAGUUGUGCAGUGAUGAUAAACACUGACCGAAUUGGAACAUGGUUUGAAGCUGUAUGUGGCUACCACAUAAGUGAUAUCUGAAGUUUAAUAAUUGAUGAAGUACGUUCAUUUAACAAAAUUCAGUAGCAAUCAGUGUCUCUGACAAAAUCAGGUGUUUCUUCUUGUGCAGAUCACUGCUGAAAAUUUUGCCAACAUCAGCAAGGGAAUAUAAUACAUUGCAUUAUGGGUUUGCCUGUAUAGCACUGAUAUAAUGUUCAGGUAUUUUGUUACACCACAGAAGCAUGUUUUUCUCUCCACUGCUGGCUAAACAUUUUUGUUCCUGUGUAACUCCAGCUCCACAUGAAUGCGCUGAUUGGUUGGGAGUCUGUAGACCUGUAGGCUUGUUUUCUUCCCCGACGGAACAAAAGGAGAGAGGUUCGCUCCAUCUCAAACACACUACACGAUGGACAAAUAAACAAUCACUCAUUUAGUCAUAACACAACUCACUCUAGAUUGUUUCUGUGAUAUUGUGCUCCAUAAAACAUCACAGAAUGUAUGAAUGUAUGAAUAUGUGAAUGUGACGCAAUGCACACAUAAUAUGUAAAAAAUUAAAUAAUAAGAAGGUCUGAUUUUUCAUCUUGAAUGAACAUGCAGACUAUUGAGCAGCAUGGCACAAGAAAGAUUGUAAAUAUGUAAAAUAAAAAAUAGACUGCGAGCGAUGGGAGCGUCAGAUUGAGCUCUCUGUCACUCGCAGCGGUUUAUUUACCUGAAGGAUUUUUGGAAAAGCACAGAGUGGAGCGUUACCGAGCACAGGAAGUUUGACGCAUAUGAACAUUACGCUGCCAUUUGUGAGAAUCAUAAUGCCUUAUGUUAGCUGCAAAAUUGUGCCUCAUUUUCAUUUUAUGUCUUUUUUUUUUUUUUUUUGGAGUAUCACUGAAAUGUAUCCAUGACAUAUUUAAUGUAACCAUGGUUUUCCCCAUUAGUCCUAGUCUCUGUGAUGGGAGAACAUUUACUAAGAACUUGUCAGUUACUGUGCAAGUACCUAAAAGUGUGACACAAUGCUUUAACUUAAUGAUUAAUAAUCAAAAGAAUGGACUAGUUGGAUGAGACGCACUACCUGCAACAGGUUCGGUUUGUUUGCUUCAAUUUGCAGUGCCGUUACAUUGACAAUAUUAAAAUAAAGAUACUAUACACUGCUGUGACUUCGGUAUUAUGCAAUAUUUAAUAAACCAUUUAAACCA